AUCCCCCCUAUAGUUAGUAAUCGUCCUAUACCAAAAUAUUGACCUCAGAUGAACCCACGAAAAUGGCGGAAAUUCUAAACUUCCAGGUUGGAAUCGGGAGGUAAAAGGCGUUUUCCAAGCUUGUCAAACACCAGAACAUCACCAUGAGCAGACCCAGGAGGCGUCGGGAAUCUGACGAUGGCUGGGGAGGUGACGGAAUUAGGGGUUACAUGGCAGCCAAGAAGAGAAAACUGUACGAACAGUUUGAGACGGACGCCCCAAACCAGGUGCAGAAGGAGGGAACUUGCUCCAACAUCUUCAAUGGUGUGGUCAUCUACGUCAACGGAUGGACAGAUCCACCUGCGGAUGAGCUGCGUCGGCUGAUGCAGGUGCAUGGUGGGAAGUACGACGUGUACCCGUCGCGGUCUCAUACCACUCACGUGGUCGCCUCCAACCUGCCCGACAGGAAGAUCAAAGACAUCAGGGACAAGAAGGUGGUUCGGCCGCAGUGGAUCACGGACAGUAUCAAGGCAGGCCAGCUGCUGUCCCAUGUGCCCUACUUGCUGUACAGGAGAGACACAGCACAGGGAUCCCUCAACUUCAGGUCUCUCACCAGGACUUCCACUGCUGUCAUCAAUGACGACGGGGCUUCCUUGGAUGAAGCUUCUGAUGAAGAUACCAAUGGUAUGAGACCCUCUGAUGGUUUGAAACCCUUUGAUGGUGUGAGACCCUCUGAUGGUGUGAGACCCUCUGAUGGUGUGAGACCUUUUGAUGGUGUGAGACCUACUGAUGGUGUGAGACCUUUUGAUGGUGUGAGACCUACUGAUGGUUUGAAACCUUUUGAUGGUGUGAGACCCUCUGAUGGUGUGAGACCUACUGAUGGUGUGAGACCUUUUGAUGGUGUGAGACCUACUGAUGGUGUGAGACCCUCUGAUGGUGUGAGACCUUUUGAUGGUGUGAGACCUGUUCCAACUGAUCCCCAUGGUAACAGUUUCCAUGGUAAUGACAGCUUGUCAACAUCAGUAGUAUCCAGUGAUGACGGUGUUGGUUUGACCCUUAACAAAUCCGUAUUCAAAGGGACUGAAGAAGUGACUGAAGCAAGUGCCAGUUACCAUGGUGAUGAUGCACAAGAAGCACCCGGUGACCAUGGCAACAGCGCCCAUGGCAACAGCGCAUCAUCAUCCUCUGCACAAGGGCAACCUCUUUCCAAACCAGUCGUCACCAGCCCCUCAGCACGGAAGCCGAUGGGCAGCUCCAAGGAUGCGAACUUCGUCGCUGAGUUUUACGACAACUCCAGGCUGCACCACCUCUCCACGUGGAGGACUGAGUUCCAGGCUUACGUCAACGUCCUGCAGGGGAAGGGAGACAGCGGUUUCCCGGGGAGGCAACGACUGCGCGAUUACUUACAGACAAGCCUGGAGCCUUCAGUAGACGAAAACUGUGGGAGUAUCGGUAUCUCUGAUUUUCCAUGUACCAACAGGCUUAACUCAAAUUCUCAGAGAGGUAAAGUGGUCAUGCAUCUUGAUAUGGACUGCUUCUUCGUGUCCGUGGGACUGAGGAAUCAUCCCGAACUCCGCGGGAAGCCUGUCGCCGUCACGCACUCGAAGGGCAAGGGUCACGAGCAGACACUGCGACCGGGCAUGGACCCGGAAUAUGAGAGAUUUUACUGGGAAAAGAUGACGCCACAUCGGCACAGCAUUAAGGAUGUCACUGACAAGACAGAGGACAACACACGUGGAGGACAUGCUCCCAGAGACACCUACAUGUCCUUUUCUGAGAUCGCGUCCUGCAGCUACGAGGCCAGGCAGGCUGGUGUGAAGAACGGCAUGUUCAUGGGACCGGCCCUCAAGCUGUGCCCGGAUCUCAAGACCAUACCGUACAACUUCCAGGGGUACAAGGAGGUGGCACAGAAGAUGUACAACAUUCUUGCAAGUUACACACAUGAGAUUGAGGCGGUUAGCUGUGACGAGGCUUUCGUAGACGUGACGGACAUCCUCGGCGACACGGGGGCCACGCCCGACGACCUGGCCACGGUCCUGCGGCAGGAGAUCUUAGAGAAAACCCAGUGUCCCGCGUCGGUCGGACUAGCGUCCAGUAUCCUUCUGGCCAGGAUGGCCACCAAGAGAGCCAAGCCCAACGGUCAGUUCUACCUGCCUCCUGAGGACGUCCUGGACUUUGUCAGUCCACAGAUGGUCAGGGAACUGCCAGGGGUCGGACGUUCCUUGGAGUCCCGGCUGAAGGUCAUGGGGGUCGUGACCUGCGGUGACCUCCAGCAGGUGCCCCUUCCCACCCUGCAGAAGGAGUUUGGGCCCAAAACUGGACAGGCACUGCACCGGAGCUGCAGGGGGCAGGACGACAGGGGCCUGAAGGUGGAGCGGGAGAGGAAGUCUGUGUCAGCUGAGAUCAACUAUGGCAUCAGGUUCACCAAGGAUGUGGAGGCAGAGACCUUCAUGUACAACCUUGCAGAAGAAGUCCAGCGGAGGCUGCAGAAAGCCGGGCUGAAGGGCAAAACUGUGACGGUGAAGGUCAUGGCCAGGAAGGCGGACGCUCCCGUGGAACCCAGCAAGUUCAUGGGUCACGGCAUCUGUGACAGUCUCUCCAAGUCAUCGACCCUGGGCCUAGCGACAGAUGACCCCAAAGUGAUUGGGAAGGAGGCGUGGAGUGUUCUGAGUCAGAUGAAGCUUCUGCCUUCUGAUCUGAGAGGACUUGGCAUCCAGAUGACACGCCUGGUCAGUGCCGCAGGGGCUUCCAGCAGUUCAGCAAGCAACAAGUCCAUCAUGGACUUUGUCAAAGCCAAGCCUGCUACUGCAAUGCAGCGGGCGAGUACCUGCAACGCGGUCCCCAGCAGUGGUGACAUCACAGAGUUAGAGAGUGAGGCAGGAGGGAGUACGGCCAACAAAAAGACCAUGCUAGAUUUUCUGAAACCUUCAAUGUUAACUAUAACAGAAGACAUACAAGAAGAAACUUUACUGGAUGGUACUAAUGAAGAUUUUGAUGCAUCUGAAACUAGUGAAAACACAACCAAGAAAACGCCAAAAAGAGCAGGCUUACCUCCAUUGCCAAUGCUUCCCACAUUUAAGACACCAAAGACACACAGGGCUGCUGUCCCAGGAAGACUGAACGAAGGAGCAUCAACCAGUCAUGAUGACUUGUACCUACCGUCACCAUCUCAGGUUGACCCCAGUGUCCUGGCAGCUCUACCAGAGGAUAUCAGACAACAGAUAGAAGAGACAUAUGCUGCCAGAAACCUACCACUCAGUACAGAGCCAGUAGCAGGACCGUCAGAUGAAGGGAGAAAAAAGAAGAGGAGUGACUCAGGUCCUAUUGUAGCACUACCAGACCUCAACAAGAUUGACCCAACAUGCCUGGAUGCCUUGCCUCCUGAACUCCAACAAGAGCUCAAACGAGCAUAUGCACAACAACAAAAACAACAGCAACCAAUUCAACAACAUCAACAACAGAGACCUAACCAACCACAGGAUGCCCUGAAACUGCUGGGCCAGUCCAAAGGGAGACCCAGUCCCCCCAAGGCUAAGAGAAAAUACACCAGGAGAAAACCUCCCAACAACAGUCCUGGUAAGAGAAAGGCAACUGUUGGUACUGUUGGUAGUCCUGCCAAGAAAAGACUCAGUCCACAGAAGCUGGUGUGGAACCAAACAAGGGACAAUGUGGCAACAACGUCAAGCAGAGAACUGGAGGUUACGCCUGUAGCACCUGUACCCGACCCCGCACCUGAAGUAGCUGUAAACACCUGUGACAGACCAGUGCAGGUGCAGCAGGUGCACCUGUGUGGCAGGGUGGAGCUUCCCGAGGUGAAAGAACUGCUGAAGGAGUGGACACACACCUGUCCAGUCCCAGAGGAAGAAGAUGUUGACCAGUUUAUCCAGUACCUUCAUCAGCUGAUCCUGGAUCGUAACCUGGAGACUGUGGACCUGCUCAUCAAAUACAUCAGGAGGUUGUGCAAAGAGCUAGACACGAGUACGUGGGGAGGAGCAGUGGAGGACAUCAUCAGCAGUGUGCAAAGGGUGAUGGAACAACUGUAUGGCGGCAGGCUGAAGGUCAUGUGACGUCUGUCGGCCGA